GACUGUAUAUAAUGAAGUACGGAUUGGUGGUUCUUAGUGCUGGGUUUACAGGUUUGCUCAGUUUUAGCCUCCUGGCUGUGGCUAUUGGGACUGAUUACUGGUACAUCAUCGAUGUGAAUAAACCCAACCACACAGGUCCAGACGACCUGAGUUCACAUUCUGGACUGUGGAGAAUUAAUGAAGGAGCAAACAGGAGCUCAGUCAUCCCUUCUUUCACAGCAAAUAUGUCCAGCCUGUCAGAGGCAGAAAGGCACCUUCUUGGCUUGCACAAGGUGGUGGUCAUCAUGUUGCCCCUCAGCCUGGUCCUGCUGGUGUUUGGCUGGAUCUUUGGACUCGUCAGUUCGUUAGCCAGCAGUCCCAACUUGCUGGUUGGAUCAGCAUCCUAUUUUCUCUUCUGCAGUCUUUUUACACUGACUGGGGUCAGCAUCUACAUCAAAUACUCGAACCAAGCCAUGGAGGAGUUCCAGCGGAUCGUGUCCCCGGAGAAUCUCGCCAACGUGGACGUGUCCUUUGGCUGGUCCUUGGCCACAGCCUGGCUGUCCUACAGUCUGGAGGUGGCCACUGGCCUGCUGCUCAUGCUAGCUGCCAGAAUAACUCAGAUGAAGGGACACUAUGACUCAGGUGUAGCCAUUGCUAUGUUAUAGAUUGAUGUGCCCAAGUGAAUCUAAAAGCCCACAGAUUGGAUGGUAUUUUAUUGCUGUUGUUAUUUUUUUCUUUCUUCUGAAGAAAAACAUCUUCACUGUACUGUAUGGUACUGUAGUACCAUCAAGCAGAUCAAGGGCCAAGACAACAACAUGUAGAUGCAAGCUAUACAUAACUACAACCAUAGACACAUAGAUGCUGAAUAAGUGAUGCUGUUGAACAUCUGUUUCUUCAUUGUUUUCGAUGGCUUAUUGUAACGCCUGCUACCUUUCAUCCUCUCAGUAUCAUUUUCUGUCCAUUGUCCCCGUCCACAAUGAUGUUAUAAAUGUGGCCACACAGACAGAAAAAAGAGGCUAACCAUUCAGAGUGUAAUUACUACAUAGAUUCGCAGAUUUGUUUUUCUUUUAAUGUUUUUUUGAAGUGUUUUUCAGUAAUUUCAGCCUUGUGUUGCCAUAUUCCAGUCCAUAUUCAUGUAUAGCUAAUAACCAUUGUAUUACGUAUACAAUUCUGUAAGAGUUUGUGGGUCACAUUUUAUUUAGCAGUAGGUUUUCUGUGAGGUGUGUCUUUGAAACAUGUUUGUAAUUUACAGAGAACAGCUUCAUCUACGACCAAAUUGCAAAUUCACUGCCCUGCAAUAUGAACACGGGCAAAACGAGAAGUUAAGUUGUAUGGGAUAAUUUCCUUUUUGACACGUGCUAUAUACUGUAAGACUUUUCGGCUCGAGGAAGACUUCUGCACCUCACCUAUAUGUUUUAUUGUAUUUAAAUAUGAUUCAUAUCAGUGGUUCAGGGUAUUUCAUUCAACUGGAAAAAUAGCUGAUUCUGCAGCAGAGAACCAACAGGCAAUGGAGCCACCUAGACUCAGAAACUGGUGUAGUUUCUAGUAUUUCAUAAUAGAAAAGCUUCUGCAUUGUUGAUCCAUGUGCCAGAGAAAUUUUCAUUUCAUCAUUUCAUUUGAAAAGCAGUUAGCAUUUGGUCGUUAUGGAAGUUAAGACAUUAGACAUCAGAGUUAAUGUUGACUUUUAGAGAAAUGUCCAAAAUGUUAGUUUCUGCCUCCUGCUUACAAACUUUAUUCCUAUGCCCAUCCCAUUGGUAAAUGCAUUAUGGAAACAGAGCUUAAGAUAAGUUCACUCUGACAGGGAUCCUGACAGCUGUUUUCACAGAAUAUGUGCAUGUGUUGCUGCCUGCUUUGCAGUAGUGAAGGGCUAGAUAUUGUAAUAUUCUAUCUGUGCUGUCAUUUCUAGAAAUGACACUUCUCUCUGCAUACUGGAUGUAAAAAAAAGCACUGUGAAAAUUCAACAUUUAGCACUUUUCAAUGCUGUAAAAUAUAUAGUGUUGCUGUUCCCUUUUCACAAUCCCAACAAGCCCUGCUUAUGCUUUCAUAACUGAACACCUUAACUUUUUCCUAUUAACUGUGACAGUAAUAAAACAUCAGUCCAGCUGCAAUGUGCAUACAUACUGUAAAUAGGCAACAGAAAAAAGCCACAUUGAUCAGAAUGUGACACACUCUGUAAUCAAAUUGCACAAAUGUCCUGAAGAUUUUUGUGUUAUGAGACAAUAAGAUCAUCUAAAACAUAA